UGGCUUCAAUGACGGCACGAGUUGUGCUGUUGCGGUGUAAUUGUGUCAUUUUAAUCUAAUUGUAAAAUAAUGCUGUAAUUAUGAGAACUUGAUAGUAGAGAUUAUUUAAAAUUAUUUUGAACUCGUAGUCGGGAAUACGUGAUAAUUAGACGUUGAUGUAAUUAGCACCAUGACCACCUAUGAAGAUUUCAUUCAACAAAAUGAAGACCGUGAUGGAGUACGUAUUACUUGGAAUGUUUGGCCUUCAUCUCGCAUAGAUGCCACCAGACUUGUUGUGCCAUUAGGAACACUUUAUCAACCGAUCAAAGAGAGACCAGACCUUCCACCUAUACAGUAUGAUCCUGUCCUUUGUACAAGAUCUACUUGCAGAGCAAUUUUAAAUCCAUUGUGUCAAGUAGAUUACCGUGCUAAAUUAUGGGUGUGCAAUCUGUGUUUUCAGAGAAAUUCUUUUCCACCACAAUAUGCUGCUAUUUCAGAGCAGCAGCAGCCAGCUGAACUAAUUCCAAAAUUUUCAACAAUUGAAUAUACCAUAAUGAGAGCACAAUGUUUACCACCUAUUUUCUUAUUGGUUGUGGAUACAUGUAUGGAUGAUGAAGAACUAGGUUCCCUUAAAGAUUCUCUGCAAAUGUCACUCUCUUUGCUUCCACCAAAUGCUCUAAUUGGUCUUAUAACAUUUGGAAGAAUGGUCCAAGUUCAUGAACUAGGCUGUGAAGGAUGCAGUAAAAGUUAUGUUUUUCGUGGUACUAAAGAUUUACAACCAAAACAGGUUCAAGACAUGCUAGGUAUAGGUCGGCCAAUACCAGGUCAAAAUCUAAAUCAGCAAAGAGGACCUGGUGGACAACCACUUCCGCCAGCUAAUCGUUUUUUACAGCCUGUACAUAAGUGUGAUAUGAGUUUAACAGAUCUUCUAGGAGAAUUGCAACGUGAUCCAUGGCCGGUUGGUCCGGGAAAACGUCCAUUACGAUCAACAGGUGUCGCACUGGCUGUCGCUACUGGUCUCUUAGAAGCUAGUUAUGCUAAUACAGGAGCCAGAAUAAUGCUGUUUGUUGGUGGACCUUGCUCUCAAGGUCCCGGUCAAGUCGUAACGGACGACUUGAGACAACCCAUCAGAUCACACCAUGAUAUUCAGAAAGAUAAUGCCAAACAUAUGAAAAAAGCAACUAAACACUAUGAUUCCCUCGCAUCACGGGCUGCAACCAACGGCCAUAUAAUAGAUAUUUAUUCAUGUGCUCUUGAUCAAACUGGUCUAUUAGAAAUGAGACAAUGUUGCAACUCAACUGGUGGUCAUAUGGUCAUGGGAGAUUCCUUCAAUUCUUCUUUAUUCAAGCAAACGUUCCAACGUGUAUUCGCUAAAGAUCAUAAAGGCGACUUGAAAAUGGCAUUUAAUGCAACAUUGGAAGUAAAAACUUCACGAGAAAUUAAAGUUUCUGGAGCGAUUGGCCCCUGUGUGUCUUUGGGAAUGAAGGGAUCGAGUGUCGGAGAACAAGAAGUAGGAUUGGGUGGCACAUGUCAGUGGAAAUUUUGUUCCCUUACGCCAUCCACUACUACAUCACUAUUUUUCGAAGUUGUUAAUCAACAUACCGCACCAAUUCCUCAAGGUGGAAGAGGUUGUAUUCAAUUUAUUACACAGUAUCAACAUAGUAGUGGUCAACGAAGAAUUAGGGUUACUACAAUCGCUAGAAAUUGGGCAGACGCAUCAGCAUCUUCACAUCAUAUAAAUGCCGGAUUUGACCAAGAGGCAGCUGCUGUUCUCAUGUCACGUUUAGCGGUAUUUAGAGCAGAAAGUGAUGACGGACCAGAUGUUUUAAGAUGGGUUGAUCGUAUGCUUAUUAGAUUAUGUCAAAAAUUCGGAGAAUAUACAAAGGAUGAUCCAAAUAGCUUUAGGCUCGCAGAAAAUUUUUCUUUGUAUCCUCAGUUUAUGUAUCAUUUGCGUAGAUCGCAAUUUCUACAAGUAUUCAAUAACUCCCCUGAUGAAACUAGUUUCUAUAGACACAUUCUCAUGCGAGAAGAUUUAACAAAUUCCUUGAUAAUGGUGCAGCCAAUUUUGUAUAGUUACGGAUUUAGUGGCCCUCCAGAACCAGUUUUAUUAGAUACUUCGUCCAUUCAGCCGGACAGAAUUUUAUUGAUGGAUACUUUUUUCCAAAUCCUUAUAUUCCAUGGAGAGACCAUUGCACAAUGGCGCCAAUUAAAAUAUCAAGAUUUGCCGGAAUAUGAGAAUUUCCGACAAUUAUUGGCAGCACCUGUUGAUGAUGCCGCUGAAAUAUUAGCUGAAAGGUUCCCCGCGCCUAGAUAUAUCGAUACUGAACAGGGUGGUUCACAAGCAAGGUUUUUAUUGAGCAAAGUGAACCCAAGUCAAACUCAUAAUAAUACGUGUGCUUAUGGAGCGGGGAUGCCGAUACCCAGUGGGGAAAGUGGAUCACCUGUCUUAACCGACGACGUCAGUCUACAAGUAUUCAUGGUGCAUUUAAAGAAAUUGUCCGUAUCAUCGACAGCCUAAAUUAUAGCAAUACCAUGAUAAUAUAUCUUCAUCAUUUUGCAUAUGCAAAAUUUAAUGCUUUGAUCAUUGUGAUGAGGUACCGGUAAUUGUAAUUUGUUAAGAAGGGUAUAUAAUAGACACAGUAAGAAUUUCCAUUACAAUGAAAAUAUGCAAUUAAUUGAAUAUAAUUCCUGAAUAUUUUUUCCGAAAUCAAAAUGUAAUUCAUGUACAAAUGAAGUA